AUGUCGAGAUCUCUGAGUCUUGCUCUGAAACAAGUUGAAAUCAACAACACGAGGAUGAGCAAGACGGUCUUCGAGCAGAUCUCAGGCGAACCCUCCCUUAGCAUGCUGUCGCCAAGACCCGAAGUCUCGCCGAGACUUGCGUCGCCGAGGAGCUCGGGACGCGACCCCCUGCCGUACACUCCGAGGAGCUCCCAACGAGAACCCUUUUCUCCUCGCCGAUAUCCGACGCUGGAGUCGAGGACGCCGAGGAGCGAGGGAGGAGUGAGAGCGGCAGUGAUGGCGGAGCAGGAGAAGGGCUCCGUUGGGUUGAGACUGCGCGAUCACCACGGAAGGGUGUUGGUGUCGGGGAUGGCGGUGGGGGGAGCUGCGGAAAGUUGCGGAGCGAUCAUGUUGCAUGAUGUGCUGGUGGAAGUGGGAGGGAAAGAUGUGCGGGGAGCGAGCGCGGCCAGCGUGAUGGACAUGCUGGAGGGGACGGUUGGGACGUCGGAGGAUGAAGAUGCCUCCAAGGCCUCGCCUGUAACAGUCUCUAACAACAACGUCGUCACGGUAAACAACUACUCGGCAAACGACCGUCUCAUCCGGCAAGAUCUCCAACUACCCGACAGAUCAAAGAGGCUACGAGAGCUGGAAGAUCUGUUAUUCAGAGAGGAAUUCUUGCCAACAACAACAUCUCAAGUCAAGUUGCAAGUCAGUGGACAGCAGCAGCAGCAGCAGCAGCAGCAGCAACAGCAACAGCAACAGCAACAGCAACAGCAACAGCAACAGCAACAGCAACAGCAAAUUUUGACUCAACGGAAACCGUUUCCAUCUGAGCUCUCCCCGUCAGGAGUUUCGACGUCUCGUCAAGAUGAAGAGAUCUUGACUAGAGAUGAAGAUGGGGAUGCGACGGCGAACGAACAGAUGGCAACGAACAAACAAGAAGAAAGCAAUACGGCUGGUGUAGAGGAGAGUGUGAUACGACAAGUCGAAGAAGAACCAGAUAAGACUGCUGAUGCAGAGGAAAGUGUCAUAUCCGAUCUCGAGGACUCAGAUACAAAACCUCAAAUCGUUAUAGAAGAAGAGGAUGAAGGCGAUGAAGAAGAAGCAGAAGAAGAAGAAGAAGAAGAAGAAGAAGAAGAAGAAAAGGAGAAAGGAGACAGAGAUGAAGACGACGACGACGACGACGAAGAAACAGUACAUGCCGAACAGCAAGACACAUCCACAGCAGCUGUCAAAUUCGAUGAGCUUUCGUUGUCAGAGCGACUCAAAGAGGAGGACGAGGAUGUCUCAGUGGUGAAGGGAAAGGAGAGGGAGAAGAAGAAGCGGUUCCUGCAUUCAUGGCGGAUUUUGACUUCUGGCCUGAAGAUGGCUGAGAGUUUGAUUGACAUGAUCGAUGCGGCCCGUCGAGACGAACUUGUUCGAGAAGUACUCUCGGCCUGGCGAGAUCUCUCCGAAUCUCCCAAUCAUGGUCGGAGCAUCGGUAGCCUUGACGACAGUCAGUGGCUGACGCAGAUCCAACAGCUCGACUCGUCUGGAGAGAUCAAGAAAUUCAGUUCUCGCGAAGUUGACGACGCACAAACUUCACUAAAGGCAGCAAAGGAGAAAGACAAGGAGCCGAUUGGAAGUUCCUCUGCUGUCAAGACUCCCUCCAGUCUCGCCGACGUGGUUCAACUCUCGCUUCCUCGCUACUCGAAUGUCCAGCUGACGCCUCGGAGAGAGAAGAAGAUCAGAGCCAAGAGGCUGAUAGGAGCGAUGAAGAUGAAGAGCAUCUUCGGAGGAUCGUCGUCAGACUCGAGCACUGAUGAGGUGAGGGCUGCUGCUGCUGCUGCUGCUGCUGCUGCUGGUGUGCUGGUGCUGAUUGAGGAGGAUGAGAAGGAGGCGCAUGGUGUUGAGUACUCAAGGAGGAAGGAGGGAAAGGAUCUGAUCCGAGGAUGA